AUGAACUACGAUCUUUCAAUAGAGGUCUUCGGACCCGGCACAAACCCCAACUUUCGAUCCCACUGGGGGUUCAUGAUCAACAAGCCCGGCAACCUAGAGUUCGGCGAUCUUCUGCAAGUCGAGGUCAUUGACGCCAACAAGCUAUGGUACGGUUUUGCCCCCCGAUAUGCAACCAAGAUCAUCGAUAAAGAAGCAGUGGGAAUGUGCAAGAUUGCAAACCUGACGUCCGAGCAACGACGCCAAGCCAUCACCAUUAUUGAGAAAGAGCCCGCACCGAGAAAUGGCGUUGGGAGGUGCCAGGAUUGGACUUUCGAUGCACUUCUCUCCUUGGAGAUUGAAGAGUUGGUGCCGCCGGGUACUUCUGAGUUCUGGAAGGGAAUGGUCGGCAGACCAGCCCGUGAAGUUGCUGAAGCGUGCAGCACUCGGUGGUUGGCUUUUUGA